AACACGUCAUUCAUUUCAUUCUUACGAAAGAGGAUGAUCACUGUGGUCUUGCAAUAAUUGUUAUCAGUUUUACAUUUUUUUUUAUUUAAGUGGUGCAGUGUAUAAAUAAAUAUUUGUUCCUGCUAAGUAUAAAGUUCUAAAAAUGUUUAGCUGGCUUAAAAAAGAAGGUGAAAAAACUGAGAGCAUCGAAAAUGUCGUCGAGGGUCUCAAAAGAAUAUACAAAACGAAACUUUUGCCGCUGGAAUCACAUUACCAGUUUCAUGAUUUCCAUUCCCCACAACUUGAAGACCCUGACUUUGAUGCAAAACCCAUGAUACUCCUGGUCGGACAAUACUCUACCGGCAAAACGACCUUUAUCAAAUAUCUCUUAGAGAGAGAUUUUCCUGGAAUACGUAUCGGACCGGAGCCCACAACAGAUAGAUUUAUUGCUGUUAUGUUUGAUGAGAAAGAAGGAAUGAUUCCCGGGAAUGCACUCGUUGUGGAUCCCAAGAAACAAUUUCGACCUCUCAGUAAAUUUGGAAACGCCUUCUUAAACAGAUUCCAAUGUUCAACGGUAAACUCCCCUGUAUUGAGAGGUAUUUCAAUCGUCGACACACCCGGUAUUCUAUCGGGGGAGAAACAGCGUGUCGACAGAGGUUACGACUUCACGGGUGUUCUGGAAUGGUUCGCGGAGCGUGUCGACCGUAUCGUACUCCUUUUCGACGCCCACAAACUCGAUAUUUCAGACGAAUUCAGACGGAGUAUCGAAGCUCUGAGGGGACACGAUGAUAAAAUACGGAUUGUUCUUAACAAGGCAGACAUGAUCGAUCAUCAACAGCUCAUGCGAGUGUAUGGAGCUCUGAUGUGGUCGCUGGGCAAGGUGCUGCAGACACCUGAGGUGGCCCGUGUGUACAUAGGAUCAUUCUGGGACCAACCUCUCCGCUACGACGUCAAUAGACGGCUUUUUGAGGACGAGGAGCAGGAUCUCUUCCGAGACAUGCAGUCGCUCCCUAGGAAUGCAGCAUUACGUAAAUUGAAUGACUUAAUUAAAAGGGCACGGCUCGCUAAAGUGCAUGCUUAUAUUGUUAGUGAGUUGAGAAAAGAAAUGCCUUCAAUGUUCGGAAAGGAUGGUAAGAAGAAGGAAUUAAUAAAAAAUCUUGGUCAAGUGUAUGAUAGAAUACAAAAAGAAAUGCAAAUAUCUCCUGGUGAUUUCCCUGAUAUCAAGAAAAUGCAAGAAACUCUGGCAAACCACGACUUCACCAAGUUCCAUCCUCUCAAACCCAAGUUGCUAGAGGUAGUGGACCACAUGCUGGCCACCGACAUCGCAAGACUCAUGGACAUGAUCCCGCAGGAAGAUGUCAAUGUUGUCUCCGAACCUCUCAUAAGGGGCGAGGCUGACAGCCCGGUGUCGGAGGUGGUCCGGCGCCUCCAUGUCCGCCGCGGCUUCCUCGCAGGAGGUGCCUUCGAGGGAGUGGAGGAUCAGGUGUCUCCCUUCGGUUAUGGCCGAGGGGAGGGGGUGGACGCCGGUCACGGGGACCCCGAGUGGAUCUGCAGCAAGGAGAAGCCUCACUACGAUCAGAUUUUCCAGUCGCUCAACCCCAUGGACGGGAAGGUCACCGGCGCCGCCGCCAAGACUGAGAUGUUGAAGUCCAAGUUACCGAACAACGUGCUCGGGAAGAUCUGGAAGCUGGCGGACAUCGACAAGGACGGCUUCCUGGACGAGGAGGAGUUCGCGCUCGCCAUGCAUCUCAUACGAGUCAAGACCGACGGCCACGACCUGCCGGCGGAGCUGCCGUCGCACCUCGUCCCGCCCUCCAAGAGGAACUAGCGCUGCGGGGGACUGUCUGCUGUCCGCCUCCACACACAAACACACACACUCACUCACCCCCACAACCCUAAACCCUGAACCCUGAACCCUGGAUCCUGACCGAGUGGGCGGCGGAUAGCGAGUCAGUCGAAAUCAUUAUUAAUAUUUGGUAAACGUUAUUUGUAUAACCUUAAACAUAUGAAGGUAGUAACUCGGCUGCGACUGUUCUUAUGAUUUCCGGAUGCGCGGUUUGUUCGGAGCAUUCUUGUUGUUACUUUUUUAAUGUUAGCUUUACGACUUAAUUUAUUACCGUCGCGAGACUCUUUGGUGCUUCAGAGAUUUAAUUCUUGUAUGGCUACUUUAUGGAUUACAAAUUAUUUAUCUCUUAUAUUGUAAGUACACAUGGCGUCACACGAACUGGGGCGCUCUAUUCAUGUUCAUCAAAUCGUUAAGGUUCUAAGUUGUUCCUAUUAGUAUUUUCUAUCUAAAUUAAAAUAACUAUGGUGUAUCUUUUAACAUUUCCCGAGCGACGCUUGUCCGGUCGUCUCAUCGCCUUUUUAUUUUUAUAAUUUCAUUUAUUUCGACGUAGCGUUCAGUGCCUUCUUCGAUGUGUUUAUACUAGGGACGGCUUGUUAUGUAGAAGGUGUACCGUGUAGGGCUCCGCUAGUGCCCCGGGGGCUGCGGGCUCGAGCGCGAGGGUCUGUAUGUAAAUAUGGUAUUUUGAUGAUGUUUUGUAUUGCACUGCGGCGUCUGUCUUCUGCUUACUGCGUGUACAUAAACAAACAAACAAACGAACGGACAUGUAAGUGAAUGAUAUGUAAAUGUAUUUAUCAUAAAUUAUACACGGAGUGUAAUAAAUAGUUAAGGAAC